AUGUCGUCGCAAAGCGGAACCAUCAGCUCAUGGCAAGAUGUGCCGAUGUCAGCAAACGCACGAUACCAGUUCCAGCAAUACCUCGCUCGUCUGCCCUCUGCGUCCGGCACAGGCAGCAGCAGCAGCAGCAGCUCUUCCCCAUCUGACGCCGACGCGCUUCUGCGACGCAGUGAAAGUCUCGCUUCUCGCGUCGAUGCGCUGCAAGUCCAGAUUUCUGGCAACAAUGGCUCUUCCGACGAUCCGCAGCUGUUCUGGUCCACCUUGACGUUGUUGACCAACCUUCGGCAGCUGGCAUCACAGCUUCAGCGUGCACCUUUCGAUUCUACCCAAAAAAACGCGACGGAGACAGCGUUGGCGAGGACACAACAGGGCGUGGGGAUUGUAGAAUCGCUUCUCUGCGUGCUGUCUGUCUCAAGUCAGAAGGAGGAGGUGGGCGGUGCGUUUACUGCGCCUGUCCGCUCGCAGUCUGCAGCGGCAGCGUCUGCCGCACAAGAGACAAAGGGAGACUGGCGGGGUUACGAAUACUGGAAGCAAAAGACGCUCUCGGCGGUCGAUGCCGAUGACGUUGAUGCCCACUCUACCUCUUCAGUCGAUGAUGACGAUGAGGCGGCCUCUGAUGCUGAAUCUGUCCUCACCGAUCCCGACAUUCACCUUGCCAACCCUGCCACCACAAAACUUGGCGGCAUCAAACCCGAUUCACCCUCCCUCGAAGAAGACGACUGGUCCGAAUAUGAUCGAGCCCCUCGCACCUCCCAUUCAGCCCCCACAUCCCCGCCGCCACCUCCAACCGCGACCGCGAGUGACACAAUCCUGCAAUCCGAUCGAGCCACGCACGAAGCCCUCUCCUCCGAACUCCUGCGCAUGGCCUCGGUGCUCAAAUCCAACUCGCUCGCCUUUGCAGACUCGCUCGAACGCGAUCGUCUCCUCCUCGAAAAAGCCGGCACCGACCUGGGCUCCAACUUGGACCUCAUGACACGCACUCGCGGCAAGCUCGGCGUCUACUCGAAAAAGGCUCGCAGCAUGGGCUGGUUCACCCUCUCGGCCAUCCUCGUCGUCAUCGUCAGCUGGAUGCUCAUGUUCCUGCUCAUCCGACUGACCUAA